AUGCCAACCACUUCACCCAAAAUAUACAGCAGCAUAUAUCCGUACAUCGAUGCCGCCAAUUUCAAAAACGCCCAUAAAGGCAAGGUGGUUCUCGUAACCGGGGCGGGUCGCGGUAUUGGCCAGCAGAUCGCGCUGCACUUUGCCCUGGCAGGUGCAGCUACCGUCGUCCUUCUCGAUCUCGUCGUCGCCAACCUCGCGGAGACCAUCAAACUCUGCGAAGGCCACGGCUCCCAAGCGCUGCCGUUUGCAUGCAACGUGAGCAAGCAGGAGCAGGUGAAUGCUGUGUUUAACGAGAUCUUUUCUAAAGUUGGAGACAUUGACAUCCUCAUCAACGUGGCAGGCGUGUGCAAUGCCAAGCCCAUCCUACUGGAGACGUACGCCGCGAUCUGGGGGGACAUCGAGGUCAAUCUCGGCGGAGUCAUACAGACAACGAUGAAGGUGCUGCCCAGGAUGAAAGCCCGCGGCAGCGGAUGCAUCAUCAAUAUAGCGUCCCGCGCAGGCACGGUCACGGUGCCCUACCUGGCGAGUUACGGCGUGUCCAAGGCGGGCGUGAUCAAGUUCACCGAAUCGGUGCAGAAGGACCUUGAUACCGAUGGCCUGGGAGACAAAAUCCAACUAUAUGCCCUUCAUCCAGGGGCGGUCCAGACCGAUCUCUCAAGACGCUCGAUGGAUCCGGAGGUCGCAUCGGCGUAUCCCAAAUUCGUAGCCAACCGUCCCAAAUGGCUGAAGAAUUUCAACACUUCGGUCGAUCUCGCCGCGGCCGUCUGCGUGGCCCUCGCAAGCGGGCGCGUCAAGAACAGCAUGCGAGGGAGGUAUCUAGACUGCGAGCACGACUUGGAAGCCUUCACGACCGAGGAUGCAGAGAAGGAGAUCAUGGGCGGCAAUCUGCACACGCUGGAGGUCCGGUUCUUGGGCGGCCUGCCGAAUGAUGGUGGGAGCUCGGCGAACUUGUUUACGUUCGAGGAGUAG